GUUUCCUAACUUACUUGUUUAAUAUGGCAAAACAUACGGAACCAGGGACUGCGUUUUCUUAGUUAGCAGCGUAGACUAUAGAAAGUUAGCAUGCUAACGAGCUAGCUGAAUAACAACAUCCAGGUCAGAGGUCGCACGGAAAUCAUUUCCUUCCAAAAUGGGGACGCAUGCAAACACAUGUAUUUUAUUUUAAAAACACACGUUGUCGAUACAUGGAAUUCCAAGUAACAUCCCUCAUGUUGUGCGUAUUUGUAAAUGGCUAUGUGUAAUUGUAAUGACAUCCACGUGCAACAGAUCAAAUUCAUUUCAGCGUGAUGUUUGCCACCCGGGAAGGGGAUUAACGUUACUGUGCUAACUUAAGUUAGCUAGCUUAAUUAGCCUGUUGACGGUGCAAAAGCCUGGCCAAGUGCAAUUAUGUGCUUUAACAUUUGUGGUUGAACGUGACGCUGUAUAAACGUUAGAUUUUUGUAAUCCCCGCAUCUGCAUGUAUGUAGACAUCCCACUCUAGCUAAUGUUACUGCUUGCAACUCGCAGCAGCUAGACUACAAUUUCACAUGGAAUUGGAAGACCGAGAUUUCAUCAACACCCCUCCGAUGAAGACGGUGCGAUUUGGUGGCAAUGUCGUGAACACGCUGGCCAAGUUCGAAAAGGGUGACACCAGUGACUACGAGUUAUUAAAACACCAGUUAACUGACCCAGAUAUUAAGGAUGGACAGAUUAUUAACUGGCUCCAGGAGUUUCGUAACUGUGUGACACAGCUCACAAAAGACCACGAGCAACUGGUAUACGUUGUUUUGAGGUUGCCAUGGCUCGGCCGAAGCACGGCGGUCGUGGAGGAAUACCUGGCGUUCCUUAGCAACCUGGUUUCCGCUCAGACGGUCUACCUCCGGUCUUGUCUUAAAAUGGUUGUCUCAAACUUUACGCCCGGGCGAGCGGUGAUCCGGGAGGGGGACGUGGACAUCUCCGACUCAGAUGACGAUGAUGAAAACCUGCCCAGGAACUUUGAGCUCUGUCACCAGGCCCUGCAGGUCAUUGGCAGAUACGUCCCAUUCACCAGCCGGUUUCUGAUGCCCAUUCUGAGUGAGAACUUCCCGUUUGUGCAGAAGUCCUCCAGGACCCUGGAGUGCUAUGUGCAUAACCUCCUCCGUGUGACGGUGUACUUCCCGGCGCUGCGUAAAGAAGUGCUGGAGCUGGUCAUCGGCAGAAUGCUCAAACUGGACGCCAGUGCCCCUCGCAGUGACAUUGAGGAAAUGGAGGAAAACUCCGCCCAGCAGGCUGAAAGGGACGGGGAGCAGGACGAAUGUCUCUUUGACAUGGAUGAAGAUGAGGGUCCAGAGGCUAAGGCCUCCGGGACAGCAGGGGUCGGCACGAUGGCUCACCCGGUAGCGGACCGGCUGGACACGCUCAUGGGGGUGCUGCUGUCCUACAUAAAGGAUGCCUGCCACGUGAACGGUUGCUUGGAGUUGGACCGUACCAAGGAGCUGUACAGAGACUUGGUCUCCGCGUUCGACAAGCUGGUCCUGCCCACCCACGCCUCCAGCCACGUGCAGUAUGCCCUCUUCUACUUCUGCAGCUUCCGCCUGGGCCUGGCCGAGGCCUUUCUGGAGCACCUGUGGAAGAUUAUGCAGAGCCCCACCCAGCCGGCCAUCUUACGGCAGGCAGUCGCUGGCUACAUCGGCAGCUUCCUGGCGCGAGCCAAAUUCCUGCCCGUUGCCACGGUGAGGGCGUGUCUGGACCUGCUGGUCCCGUGGCUGCAUCGCUACAUCGACGGCCAGGACUCGGGUGCGAAGGGCUUCUGUGACGUGGCCCUGCACGGGCCCUUCUACACCGCCUGCCAGACGGUCUUCUACACCCUCAUCUUCCGACACCGCGCCAUCUUAGAGGGGAGCAUGCGCCAAGGGCUGGCCUAUCUGCAGAGCCUGAACCUGGAGCGGAUUGUCAUGUGCCGGCUCAACCCACUGAAGGUCUGCCUGCCUGCUGUCACCAACAUGUUUGCUGCCAUCACCAGGAAGUACCAGCUGGUGUUCUGCUACACCAUCAUCGAGAGGAACAACCGGCUCAUGCUGCCCACGGUGCGGAGCAGUCAGGGAGGCAGCAGCACGCCCACCAACACCAACCCGCUCGACAGCUUCUUCCCCUUCGACCCCUACCUGCUGAAGAGGUCAGGGAAGUUCAUUGAGCCGCUGUACCAGGUGUGGGAGGAGCCAGGUGACUGUGAAGUGGAUUCUCCCAAGAAGCCAGUCAGACAGGGCUCAGCAGAGGAGGAGGACGAUUUCCUGAGGGGCGAGUCAGUCCAGACGGACGGCGUUGUUGGCAUGACGCCCGGAUCCUACGAGUCGCACCUGCACAGCCCCCGCAGCGUGGGCUCUCCUCCAAUCGCCUUCCUCCAGCGUCCCUUCUAGCUCCGCCCUCCGCCCCCGCCCCCUCCACCCAGCUGCAGCUGCAGCUGCACUGCAGUCGAGUGGGGCCCCGCCCAGGGGUGUGUCCGUGGGCACAUCCGGUACCGCCAUUGGUUACGGUCUGCAGCGACUGAUGAUUCCAUCAGUAGCGGUCUGAGUUUGUCCUUUGACCAUUUAAGGGACAUCGCCUCAUGAACUUACCCAAAAUGGAAUUUCGCAAUCCACUGUUGGGGAUUUGGGUUGGUCUCAAAAUAUGUAUGGUGAAAAAUACCAUUUACCCUUUGUUAUCCAUUUUCCCACCAGUGGAAUAAAAUGGUACAGCUAUGUAUGCGACCUGGGGUGCAGUGCACAUGCUGAGGUAUUGGAUGGUGUGUUAAUGUUUGAAUUCAACAUUUGAGCAUGUGAAGGGUAGGGAACAGAAAAACUGUUCCAAAUCAAUGUGUGCGUGUGUGUGUGCGUGCGUGCGUGCGUGCGUGCGUGCGUGCGUGCGUGCGUGCGUGCGUGCGUGCGCGCGCGCGCGCGAGAGAGAGAGACUACAAAUGGAUGGAUGCAAGAAACAUUUCACAUGACACUUUCUUCUGCAAUUCCUGUAACCAUGGAAAUCUUAAACGCCAAUAUCUCUCGAGGCAGUUUCUAUUUUUUCUCUCACAGUACGUCUUGAACAUCGAGCGAGAAGCAUAAUGGAAAAAAAGGGGUUUUAUUGACCCAAGCUCUGUUUUUAGUCUAAUUGCACAUUGAAAGGAAACACUUUUCUUUUGUGAGGUGCACAGAAGCUAUUCUGGACUAGAAUCUUUUUUACUUGUGCGUGGGUUAGAGAACCAGUCUUCACUGAAGUCAUUGCUCCAACAGUGCCCCCAGUGGACACGGCAUGUCCCGCAUCUGCUCUGACAGUUUUGCUCUCAGCGAAACUCCCAUCAUGGCACGUCCUUAGCAGUUCGAUUUGGACUCUGACUUUUAAUUAAGCCUUUAUGUUCCCUGCCCAAACUUAAAGGCUUAUAAAGUGACCAUGUGGGAGGCCCUGUGUUUGGAUAGGUAUUAAGAAACUGAAGCUUAGGACUAUUCUUGCAAUAAAAUUCAUAGAGGUCUUACUCCACUCCUGAGUAUUGCCACUCGUGUUUACAAUCAGAAUUAUGGCAGAAGACUUUAACGGAUGAAUGUAAAGUCAGGAAUUCUGGCAUAUAUUUGCUGGCGCUCCAGUAUUUCAUCACGUUUUCUUUCCACUUGGAUUUGUGUUCAUCCUUUUUCCCUUUCAUGUUUCAUGUUUGAUUUCUGUAAUAAUGGAUGUGUUCAUAAAGUGGGUCUGUAGCUGUUGUUGGCUUUUACAGCCUUCUCAGCCAAGUCCUGUGUUGACUUUGGAUUAAUUGUGCUCCAGUGAAAGUAAUGUUUAUGAAACAUUUAUUUUUGGCAGCAGAUAAUAUAUUUUUUAAAAUUGUGAUUUGCUUUCAGAAAAACUCCCUUUGGUUCUGAGUUUCAGUCCUGUAUUUCUGACAUUUGUGUGAAUCACUCACAAUUUCUCAACAAUGGCAGUUUUAAGUAUCACACUACCUUUACAACUGUCCAGAAAUAUGUUCUAUGUCCUAAACUUAAUAUAGUUUUUAUGAACUAUAAAGGUGAAACAAGCUAGCUUAAUCGUGAGAACUUAAAAGCUUUUCUUUUACAAACAUGCAGCAAUAAAAACUGAAGUGCUGUACACAGAAGUAUUUAACUAAAAUAAAAACCUUUGUUCCCCUC